UCGAUCAACAUGGCGGAGAAGAUAACGGACCGAGAACUCGUGGACGAACUGAAACGGUUUGGAGAAACAGUGAGUCUGCCACUGAAGCUGGGCAAGCGGCAGAUAUACAUUAAAAAGCUGAAUCAUUUCAAAUCUAAGGCAAAUAGCGGAGAUCAGACUACCAGGAAGUCUACCAAGGGUGCACACCUCGAUGUUUUAAGCUCCGAUGAUAGCGACUUCGAAAGCGCGGGUCAGACUGACCGACAGAGAUCCAAGAUCGUUAGUGGGGUAUCCAAGUCUCUUAGGCGCAGAUCAACGGCAAACACACCCAUCACUCCCCCAAAACCUAAACCAUCUAGCAGCAGAUUGUCGUUAGGACGUCCCAGUUUGCGAUCCCGGAAAUCAGAACAAACAGAUGACUCUCCUCGUAUCACGAAAUUAAAUGCACGUCAAUCUACAUCCCGAUUGUACCCCGAUUUGAGUGACCUCAACGCAUCUGGCAGCCUUGGAAACAGAUCCAGAGUAAAUGAGACAUUUGAGUCGUCAGACUCCGAUCUCGAUGAAAGUACAUAUGAGGUUGAGAACAAGUCUGUGAACACGACAUUUACCAUUGAAAGCAACAACAGUUUAAACGAUGGCAGAUCGCGGAAUAGAUCGUAUGAGACAAAGUCCAACACAAGUUACUCAAAUCAUGUCACCCCAGGCACAUAUGCUAACUCCAAACGUCACACAACAAACCAUACAUCAUCUAAGCAUGUGAAUGACUCGAAGAAAAAUUACAAGCUCUACCCUGAGCAUGUGUCUGGGGGUCUGCUUGUGAUUGUUGGAGGGUUUUUCCUGGUUCUGGCCGUCAGUUACCUGUUUGUUAGGAGAGAUGUCAUCUUAGCGUGGUACAGCGGGAUUGGAGAUGUCAAAGCAGCUCCCAAGAGUACCUAUCUUCUUUGUUCACAUCCGGACAAACCACAGGGAUGUUAUGGAGAGCCAGUGGUGGAGAAGACGAUGAUUGUCAUUCGAGAUUUGUAUGAUGUGUUAAGCAGUAAGAAAGGGCUAGUUGUGUGUGGCUCUGCAGAGGAGUGGGAGAAGAACAUGUCUGUAGAACAGUUCAGAACUUACGUGAAGAACAUCAAGAACAAUGAUGUGGUACGUAAAGGCGAGGACAUUGAUGAGUUGGUGGAGUCCUGCCUGGAUCACAUUGUACUGAAUCCACACUGGAACAUAAGACCUGUGAACAAGGAAGGAGAAGACACAAUGAAACGAGGGGACAUCAAGCACUUGGAAUCGAGAGUCGCCUCUAUGGCUCUCCUCUGUCGCCUUCAGAGAUCCUUCUACCGGCUCAUGCCCAGGGGCUUUCACCAUCUUAAUCCUAGGCUGUGUGCUGGUGGUCAUGCUGCUGAAGUAUAUGAAGUGGCGGAGUCUGGCGAAGGAACAGAGCUGAGACACGUGUACGCCAUGGUGGAUGAGAUCAUAGAUAUUCUCAAAAGACACCAUGAUGUGACGCAAGGGGAGAACGGAAGUCACCAUCAGUUUCUAGCGGUGCAGCACGUGCGAGACCAGCUGCUUCCUCCAUCCAGGAGGAAGGAGUUGCAGCCAAUCUGGGAUAAGGCGGUACAGUUCAUUGAGAAGAAUGAAUCUCGCAUCCGUCUAGAGGAACAGACCAUCGAAGGCGAGGAGUUCCGAGUCUGGAGAUGGAUACAUAAUUCUCCAAAUGGAGGCAAAGUUUGGCAAGGUCAAGCAUUUGGCGAACACAAUGACGACAGCUCCAACACAGUGAUGUAUUGUCCAACUCCAUGUCUGAAGAUACGCAACAUGUUUGAUGCUGACGUUGAGGGCGAGGAUCCGGCCUGGGAAGUCAGUAUUCAGGACGCACUGCUGGAGAAGUGUAAAAACAUAGACAGCAUCUUCCACAUCUUUGUCGACAAGGAGUCAAGGGAGGGCUGUGUCUACAUGAAGUGUUCCUGCUGCGAGGCUGCUGGACGAGCAAGACAGGCUUUGCAUGGAUGGUGGUUUGAUCGUCGCCUUGUGACUGUCCGCUAUCUGAAGUUGGAUUACUACCAUAACAGAUUCCCAGAGUCGGUAGACAUGAAGAAUCCACUCCUCCCAUCAACCAAUCAGAUGUCCUCACUUUCUCAGCCAUUUUACAGAUCUUCUCUUGAAAUGACCUAAUAUGGUCAUAUAGUGUCAUGUGAUCAACUGAAGUGUGCCUUCUGGGUUAUUCAAUGUGGUUUGGCAGUUGUGAUUGGUUGACAGUCCAUGUCUUAUGUAAACACUUGGCCCAGUAAUUUUCACAGCGUAACUUUGUGGCCGUUCAUGGAUCUUCGUGACACAGAUGGAUGUCUGGUCCUGUCUCAAGAUCCAGACAUGGUUGCCUGUUGCUAAGCAACUGAUGAAACCCCUGCCAAUAUAGAUCAUACACAUUGGUGUGGUUGUCUAAGGCAAAACAUUUAUCAAUUUCUCCUAGUUGCUAUGGUUACCGUUGAGAACGCACAUCAUUUACAAUAAGAGCUUUCAAGAGGACUAAACUUGCGAAGUCCUUCUUUGCCUACACACUGAUGUCUAGAUUGAGAACAAGGCGGAACAUGGGUUCCAGAUAGCAGCGAAUACUUCCAAUCUUAAGUCAGACAUCAUGAUAAAUUUAAUUCUAUGAAAAGGUCAUUUAAUAGUGCUCUGGAUUCUUCAUGAUAUUGCUGCAAUUUUAACUCACUCGCUAUGGAUUCUUACACUGUUACCAUGACAACAAGAUCUUUUAUUGAUAACAAGUCCGUGAUAUAACUGGCGUACUGUUCCAUGCGUAUUCAUUCAUUGACUUUGGUGAUUACGAUGUAGCCUCCAUGAUGUUAGGACCUCGCUGUAGCUUGUAUAGUCCUGGAAUAUUUAUCAAAGUGUAUAUGUGAGUUUUUUACAAGAACAUGAUUUAAAGAAGAAUUUAUUCCUGCAAGGCAUCAUUGUGUAGUUGAGAUUGGUUUAUUACAGUCUUUGUCGGCGGCAACUGUUGAAGGCCUGUUACAAAGAACCGUAGAUCUCAAAUUGCUAUGGGCAAUUGGUCUUGUAGUCAAAGGGGAUGCAAUUCGCAGAGUUGCUUCCCUUGUGCACUCCAGGAAACCCUGUUUUCUGUGGGCUCCAGUGCCAGUUCGCCCUAAUUAUGUUUCUAAGUUUGUCAGCACCUCACCAGGUUUCACAAAAGUAGAACAUGUCUGAGACUUCUUUGAGAGGCAUUUUAGAAGUUGUAAAGAUGAAGGAAAACCAAGUUCUAUGGAUAGUCAACUUCUUUAUUGCAAUGAGUGACGUUUAGGCGUAGGUACUGACACCAUUAUCUUCACAAUGUUCACUUGCCUGAUAACGGUGUUAGUGCCUACGCCGAAAUGUUGCACUCAUUGCAAUAAAGAAGUUGACUAUCCAUAGAACUUGGUUUUCCUCCGUUAUCUGAGACCUUCACCAUUGUGAGCUUUCCUCCCUCAUUAAGCGGACACACAUUUGGACAUUACAACUAUUUUGAAAGUGGUGUUGAACCCACCUUACUCACUCUAAAACGACUUUCUUUAACUGCCUUGAUCGACUGGAACACUAAGGGCGACAACUAAGGGAGGCAGUUAACCUUGCCCUAAGGGAGACAACUGAGUUUAUUGGUAAAUUUGACUGAUAGUGAAAGUUUUACAGGGUCUGAAGUACUUUGAUGCAGUCUUUUUCUUUUGACAGUAGUGGGUAUAGCAUUUGAGUUCUCUUGAGGGCAUUCAAGGGUUUACUAGGGAAGGCAAGCUGGGUGGAGUUGACUAAGAGACCAGACAACUGCUUUGGAUUGAGAAAGAUGUCAAGUCUGCUGGAGCUGACAGAGAAGUCGUGUUGUUGAGUUGACCAAGAGAUCAGACCGGUGGAAUGGAUGGAGAAGUUGUGUUGUUGAGUUGACCAAGAGAUCAGACCAGUGGGAUGGACUGAGAAGUCAAGUCUUUUGGAGUUGACCCAUGGGACAGAAGUCUAGAGGAGUUGACCAUUGGAUUGGAUUGAGAAGUCAAGUCCAGUGGAAUUGACUGAGAAGUCUCGAGAAGUUGACCAAUAGGUCAUCUCUAAAAUGCUUAUAACUCCUGUUACUGUGAAGUGAAAUAAAUUGAUAUUGUCACAUGUAAUAGUGAAGUGGGUCAGCUUUGUCAGUUAUAUAUAUGCAGAUACUUAGAGUACACAUAUUGGCAACUUUAUGUCUCCAUGGUUACCAAAUGUCGGUAUGAAAUUGGUACAAUUGAACAAUGGACAUAACAUCUAGUUACAUGUCUGUUCUAAAAACAAUCAGUGUUCCCAGUUAAUGUGUCCUGGUGUAACAGAUCAACUAUAGUCAAAAAGACUUUAUCUUCUUUUGCGAAGUUGGAACAGACCAAGGUAGAACCCUGUCUGUGAUGGCAACACAUGACCUUGACCAGUGUAGUGGUCAUGAUUUACUAUCUCUGCAGUUGAACUGACCAACACACAGAUGAAAUCACGUGAUGGCCGUCUGAGCCUUGUCAUCUGCGGAGAUGCUGGCAGCAACUCAUGUCGGAUGUCAGAACCCCACUGGUCUGAAACUCAAGAUGACACAAUGGGGAUUUUUCUGUUUUUCAGGAAGCACUGAUUUUCUCAAUUUGUAACAGGACAUUGUGUGUCAGUACCAACUCGGAAAGGAA